AUGAAGUGUUAUAAGCAACCAAAAAUCCCAGAGUCAUACGCGCCGAGACGAUGCUACAUAAAACCUUCAGCCCCCGUAGAGGGAUGCACGACUUACAAGCUGUCAUACCUACCUGUCGACGGAUGCAAAAACCUACGUGGAGAAGUAAAGAAACCUUCGCCCAACAUUGUACCGAGCUGCGAACCUAUGGAAGGGUGUACCGUUCAAAAGUUGUCGUACCUACCGAACCCGGUGUGCGUGACGCAGUCGAUCCGGCCCUGCCACCACGACAUGUGGGGUCAGGGUCCCAUGCAGAACAUCACCACGCAACGGCACGACUACGUGCCCAAGCCGAGUAUACUUAGAGAGAGCUUUAAGCCAGCACCGAAAUUUCACUGCGUCGACCAACCAUUUGAAAAUCGGACAAUAAAUAAAUUAUCUUAUUUACCUCCCGAGAAAAUUGAUAUGCCGAAAUCGUUUGCGCCCGAGCGUUGCUAUGAAAAGCCGGCUGCCAAAAUGGACGGGACCACCACCCACAAGAUGAGCUAUUUGCCUAAUCCUAUAAUGAAGAAAGAGACAGUACCGUGGGCUUGUAAGGGACAAUAUGAGAAGCCUUGUCAAAAAUUGGACGGAAACACGACAUACACAAUGAGUUACUUGGACGCGAAAAGCGACUGUCGUCGACAACCCAUCUUACCGACUGCUUGCUCCAACCCUGUCUCCGCUUCGAAGAGAUUUGAAACGCAGACUAUUUAUAAGAACAGCUAUUUACCGGCCACGGCAACGAUACCGACGCCAGUGAAGCCGUCGCCAAACAUCAUCGCUUCGACAGCUCAAAUGGAAGGGGACACGGUGCAAAAGUUGUCGUACCUACCGAACCCGGUGUGCGUGACGCAGUCGAUCCGGCCCUGCCACCACGACAUGUGGGGCCAGGGUCCCAUGCAGAACAUCACCACGCAACGACACGACUACGUGCCCAAGCCGUCUGUACUCCGGGAGUCAUUCAAACCGGCUCACAAGUACCACUGCGUCGAACAACCGUUUGAAAAUCGGACCGUGAAUCGGAUGUCGUUCUUGGACCCGGGACGAGUGCCCCUACCGGAAUCGUAUGCUCCCGUCAAGUGUUACGAAAAGCCAACAGCCAAAAUGGAGAGCGACACGAUACAUAAGAUGUCCUUCCAGCCUGUAUGUGUUCCGACGCCUCAACGACCUCCGUGGGCUUGCAAGGGACAAUACGAAAAACCGUGUCAAAAGUUGGAGGGGACUACGAUAUACCGGUCCUCGUUCUUGCCUCCCGGCGAGGAUUGCACCGAGUACAUGGAUCCCUGCGCUUAUGGCGACUGCAAACCUUGUGACUGCACUUGCCCUUCAGGAUGUAUUAAAACGGAUCCCUGUGCCUGCGAUUUUCCGAAAGCUGGCUGUUGUUCGUGAGCGUCAGCCAUUUUUUUGAACAUUGGCAACACAGUGUUCGAAUUCCGAAUUGAAAUCUGAUUAUUUUUAAUCUGAGAUAAAUUUGUAGUCUCCUUUUUUUUAUUAGGUUUUAC